UUUACUUUAAUUCAGGUUUCUACUACCACUGCUACUGCCGCCAAUAGAGCUCACAACAAAGAUUACGUAUACUAUGAUUGUAAUACUUGGUGCACUAAGGCUUUAAAUCAAGAAAAUGGAUGUGGUUACUAUGAUGAAGAUAUUUCGGACCAAGAGUACUUUGGUUGUUUAUGUACUAAUUCACAAUAUUUUAGCAAUUUAAGAAGUUGUGAUUGUUAUACCAAGGCUGUUUAUUAUGCAUCCAGAACUAUUUGUUCAUUAGCAAGUGAUGAGUCUUAUAGUGGCUCAUGGUCGGAUAUUGAUAUUUCUGCUACUACUAAUUAUAGUCCAUCUACCGAAGAUAGUUCAUCGACUGGGGAUAGUACAUCCAAUGAGACCAGCUCAUUAAUUGAUAUUAUUCUGUCCACUAAGGACAGCUCAUCUUCUAAAGGUAUUACAACUACUAGCACGGGUUCUUCCACAGGUGAUAAUACUUCUACCAUAACUAGCUUGUCAACUCAAGGCGGUGGUGGAAACAACGGAAAUAAUGGGAAUGGUGGUAACAGUGGUAGUGGUGGUGCUGCUAAUCACAAUGAACAAACAUCAGUCCCUCCAAAUUCACAGUCAUCUACAACCAAUAACCAACCUACCAGCUCUCAAACAACUUCAGGAGCUGCUAAUUAUUUGUCAAGUAUCAGUGUUGGCACAUUUUUGAUUUUAGUUUUAAGUUUAAUUUGA